UGAUAUAUGUUGGGUACCAUAGAGUGAAUCUCAGAACAGGAAGCGGAGGCAUAAGCAGAGAGGAUUCUGGAAAGGUCUCUUUGUUUUCUUGUCCACAGAGAAAGCAAGAAAAAAAUUGUAAUUAAUUUGCAAGCCUCUGUGGCCAAAUAUCUGAAGAACUGCAGGGGAAGGCGUGUUACAGUCUAACCAUCUUGGAUGCUGGGCUUUGUUGUGCUCUGAUUCCUAAGGCUUUCUAUCAGAUCAUGGAGCAAGAGAGCUGAAACCGAACCACAUCAGAGUUGGUCAGCGAUGAGAUAUCUGUCAAGGAUUCAUGGCAGAGUGGCUUGCUGGAAGAAAAACACAAAAUCUCUUCUAGGGAUACUGCAGAACAAAUGAGGCAAUUCUUAUGCAAGAAGCUAAACGUAAUUAAAUGUGCAGGAUGAAAAGAUGGCACAGGCACUGCUGGUACCCCCGGGACCUGAAAGCUUCCGCCUUUUCACUAGAGAAUCUCUUGCUGCUAUCGAAAAACGUGCCGCAGAAGAGAAAGCCAAGAAGCCCAAGAAAGAACAAGACAAUGAUGAUGAGAACAAACCAAAGCCAAACAGUGACUUGGAAGCUGGAAAGAACCUUCCAUUUAUUUACGGAGACAUUCCUCCAGAGAUGGUGUCAGAGCCCCUGGAGGACCUGGACCCCUACUAUAUCAACAAGAAAACUUUUAUAGUAUUGAAUAAAGGGAAGGCAAUUUUCCGAUUCAGUGCCACCUCUGCCUUGUAUAUUUUAACUCCAUUAAACCCUGUAAGGAAAAUCGCUAUUAAGAUUUUAGUACACUCCUUAUUCAGCAUGCUUAUCAUGUGCACUAUUUUGACCAACUGUGUAUUCAUGACUUUGAGUAACCCUCCUGAUUGGACAAAGAAUGUAGAGUACACAUUCACUGGGAUCUAUACCUUUGAGUCAUUUAUAAAAAUCUUGGCAAGAGGGUUUUGUUUAGAAGAUUUUACAUUCCUUCGUGAUCCAUGGAACUGGCUGGAUUUCAGUGUCAUUGUGAUGGCAUAUGUGACAGAGUUUGUGGACCUGGGCAAUGUCUCAGCAUUGAGAACAUUCAGAGUUCUCCGAGCAUUGAAAACUAUUUCAGUGAUUCCAGGUCUGAAGACCAUCGUGGGGGCCCUGAUCCAGUCAGUAAAGAAGCUCUCAGAUGUCAUGAUUCUGACUGUGUUCUGUCUGAGUGUGUUUGCUCUAAUUGGACUGCAGCUGUUCAUGGGCAACCUGAGGAAUAAAUGUUUGCAAUGGCCCCCAAAUGAUUCUGCCUUUGAAACCAACACCACUUCCUACUUCAAUGGCACAAUGGAUUCAAAUGGGACAUUUGUUAAUGUCACAAUGAGCACAUUUAAUUGGAAAGAUUACAUUGGAGAUGACAGUCACUUUUAUGUUUUGGAUGGACAAAAAGAUCCUUUACUCUGUGGAAAUGGCUCAGAUGCAGGUCAGUGUCCAGAAGGAUACAUCUGCGUGAAGGCUGGCCGGAACCCCAACUACGGCUACACAAGCUUUGACACCUUCAGUUGGGCCUUUCUGUCCUUAUUCCGUCUGAUGACUCAAGACUACUGGGAGAACCUUUAUCAGUUGACAUUACGUGCUGCUGGAAAAACAUACAUGAUAUUUUUUGUCCUGGUGAUUUUCUUGGGCUCUUUUUACUUGGUGAAUUUGAUCCUGGCUGUGGUGGCCAUGGCCUAUGAGGAACAGAAUCAGGCCACAAUGGAAGAGGCAGAACAGAAGGAGGCGGAAUUUCAGCAGAUGCUCGAACAGCUUAAAAAACAACAGGAAGAAGCUCAGGCAGUUGCAGCCGCAUCCGCAGCUUCAAGAGAUUUCAGUGGAAUAGGUGGCUUGGGAGAGCUCUUGGAAAGUUCUUCAGAAGCAUCAAAGUUAAGCUCCAAAAGUGCCAAGGAGUGGAGGAAUCGGAGAAAGAAAAGAAGACAGAGGGAGCAUCUCGAAGGAAACAGAGAAGGAGACAGGUUUCCCAAAUCUGAAUCUGAAGACAGUGUCAAAAGAAGAAGCUUUCUUUUCUCCAUGGAUGGAAACCGGUUGACUGGUGACAAGAAGUUCUGCUCCCCUCAUCAGUCUCUGCUGAGUAUCCGUGGAUCCCUGUUUUCCCCAAGACGCAAUAGCAAAACUAGCAUUUUCAGCUUCAGAGGUCGGACAAAGGAUGUCGGAUCUGAAAAUGACUUUGCUGAUGAUGAGCACAGCACAUUUGAAGACAGCGAGAGCAGGAGAGACUCACUGUUUGUGCCUCACAGACAUGGAGAGCGACGCAACAGUAACGUUAGUCAGGCCAGUAUGUCAUCCAGGAUGGUGCCAGGGCUUCCAGCAAAUGGGAAGAUGCACAGCACUGUGGAUUGCAAUGGUGUGGUUUCCUUGGUGGGUGGACCAUCAGCUCUAACGUCACCUACUGGACAACUUCAGCCAGAGGGUACCACCACUGAAACGGAAGUCAGAAAGAGAAGGCUAAGUUCUUACCAGAUUUCAAUGGAAAUGCUGGAGGAUUCCUCUGGAAGGCAAAGAGCCAUGAGCAUAGCCAGCAUCCUGACCAACACAAUGGAGGAACUUGAAGAGUCUAGACAGAAAUGUCCACCUUGCUGGUAUAGAUUUGCCAAUGUGUUCUUGAUCUGGGAUUGCUGUGAUGCCUGGUUAAAAGUAAAACAUCUUGUGAAUUUAAUCGUCAUGGAUCCAUUUGUUGAUCUUGCCAUCACUAUUUGCAUUGUCUUAAAUACCCUUUUUAUGGCCAUGGAACACUACCCCAUGACUGACCAAUUCAGUAGCGUGUUAACUGUAGGAAACCUGGUCUUCACUGGGAUCUUCACAGCAGAAAUGGUUCUCAAGAUCAUUGCCAUGGAUCCCUACUAUUAUUUCCAAGAAGGCUGGAAUAUCUUUGAUGGAAUUAUCGUCAGCCUGAGUUUAAUGGAGCUGGGUCUGGCAAAUGUGGAGGGACUGUCUGUACUGCGAUCCUUCAGACUGCUUCGAGUUUUCAAGUUGGCAAAAUCCUGGCCCACACUGAAUAUGCUAAUAAAGAUCAUUGGCAAUUCCGUGGGGGCGCUGGGAAACCUCACCUUGGUGUUGGCCAUCAUUGUCUUCAUUUUUGCCGUGGUUGGCAUGCAGCUCUUUGGAAAGAGUUACAAAGAAUGUGUCUGCAAGAUCAAUGAAGACUGCACGCUCCCACGCUGGCACAUGAAUGACUUCUUCCACUCCUUUCUGAUUGUAUUCCGAGUGCUGUGUGGAGAGUGGAUAGAGACCAUGUGGGACUGUAUGGAGGUUGCUGGUCAAACCAUGUGCCUUAUUGUUUUCAUGUUGGUCAUGGUCAUUGGGAACCUUGUGGUUCUGAACCUCUUUCUGGCCUUAUUGUUGAGUUCUUUCAGCUCAGACAACCUUGCUGCUACUGAUGAUGAUAAUGAAAUGAACAAUCUCCAAAUUGCAGUAGGAAGAAUGCAAAAGGGAAUCGAUUAUGUGAAAAAUAAGAUACGGGAAUGUUUCCGAAAAGCUUUCUUUAGAAAGCCAAAAGUCAUAGAAAUCCAUGAAGGCAACAAAAUAGACAGCUGCAUGUCCAAUAACACUGGAAUUGAAAUAAGCAAAGAGCUUAAUUAUCUUAAAGAUGGAAAUGGAACCACCAGUGGUGUAGGUACUGGAAGCAGUGUUGAAAAAUACGUAAUUGAUGAAAAUGAUUAUAUGUCGUUCAUAAACAACCCCAGCCUCACUGUAACAGUGCCAAUUGCUGUUGGAGAGUCCGACUUUGAAAACUUAAAUACUGAAGAGUUCAGCAGCGAGUCAGAACUAGAAGAAAGCAAAGAGAAAUUAAAUGCAACCAGCUCAUCUGAAGGAAGCACAGUUGAUGUUGCUCCACCCCGUGAAGGUGAACAGGCUGAAAUUGAACCUGAGGAAGACCUUAAACCAGAAGCUUGUUUUACUGAAGGGUGUAUUAAAAAGUUUCCCUUUUGUCAAGUAAGCACAGAAGAAGGCAAAGGAAAAAUCUGGUGGAAUCUUCGGAAAACCUGCUAUAGCAUUGUUGAGCACAACUGGUUUGAGACUUUCAUUGUCUUCAUGAUACUUCUCAGUAGCGGUGCUUUGGCUUUUGAAGAUAUAUAUAUUGAACAGCGAAAGACUAUCAAAACCAUGCUAGAAUACGCUGACAAGGUCUUUACUUAUAUAUUCAUUCUGGAAAUGCUUCUCAAAUGGGUAGCUUAUGGAUUUCAAACGUAUUUCACUAACGCCUGGUGCUGGCUGGAUUUCUUGAUUGUUGAUGUUUCUUUGGUCAGUUUGGUAGCCACUGCUCUUGGCUACUCAGAACUUGGUGCCAUCAAAUCCCUCCGGACACUCAGAGCUUUAAGACCUCUAAGAGCCUUAUCUCGAUUUGAAGGAAUGAGGGUGGUGGUGAAUGCUCUGGUGGGAGCCAUUCCCUCAAUCAUGAAUGUGCUGCUGGUCUGUCUCAUCUUCUGGCUGAUCUUUAGCAUCAUGGGUGUGAAUCUGUUUGCUGGCAAGUUCUACCACUGUGUUAACAUGACAACAGGCAACAUGUUUGAAGUUAGUGAAGUCAACAAUUUGAGUGAUUGUCAAGCUCUUGGCAAGCAAGCUCGGUGGAAAAACGUGAAAGUAAACUUUGACAAUGUUGGCGCUGGCUAUCUUGCCUUGCUUCAGGUGGCCACGUUUAAAGGCUGGAUGGACAUUAUGUAUGCAGCUGUUGAUUCACGAGAUGUUAAACUUCAACCUGUAUAUGAAGAAAAUCUUUAUAUGUAUUUAUACUUUGUCAUAUUCAUCAUCUUUGGAUCUUUCUUCACUCUGAAUCUAUUCAUUGGUGUCAUCAUAGAUAACUUCAACCAGCAGAAAAAGAAGUUUGGAGGUCAAGAUAUCUUUAUGACAGAGGAACAGAAAAAAUAUUACAAUGCAAUGAAGAAACUUGGAUCCAAGAAACCUCAGAAACCCAUUCCUCGGCCUUCAAACAAAUUCCAGGGAAUGGUGUUUGAUUUUGUAACCAGACAGGUCUUUGAUAUCAGCAUCAUGAUCCUCAUCUGCCUCAACAUGGUCACCAUGAUGGUAGAAACUGAUGACCAGAGCAAAUACAUGACUCUAGUUCUGUCCCGAAUCAACCUCGUGUUCAUUGUCCUGUUCACUGGGGAGUUUGUGCUGAAGCUCAUCUCCCUCAGAUACUACUACUUCACCAUAGGCUGGAACAUCUUUGAUUUUGUAGUAGUGAUUCUCUCCAUUGUAGGAAUGUUUCUUGCUGAGCUGAUAGAAAAAUAUUUUGUGUCCCCAACCCUGUUCCGAGUGAUCCGUCUUGCCAGGAUUGGCCGAAUCCUACGUCUGAUCAAAGGGGCUAAGGGGAUUCGUACACUGCUCUUUGCUUUGAUGAUGUCCCUUCCUGCCUUGUUUAACAUCGGCCUCCUGCUCUUCCUGGUCAUGUUCAUCUACGCCAUCUUUGGAAUGUCCAACUUUGCCUAUGUUAAGAAGGAAGCUGGAAUUGAUGACAUGUUCAACUUUGAGACCUUUGGCAACAGCAUGAUCUGCCUGUUCCAAAUCACCACCUCUGCUGGCUGGGAUGGAUUGCUGGCACCUAUUCUCAAUAGUGCCCCACCUGACUGUGACCCUGACGCAAUUCACCCUGGAAGUUCAGUUAAAGGAGACUGUGGGAACCCCUCUGUUGGGAUUUUCUUUUUUGUCAGUUACAUCAUCAUAUCCUUUCUGGUCGUGGUGAACAUGUACAUCGCUGUCAUCCUGGAGAACUUCAGUGUUGCUACUGAAGAAAGUGCAGAGCCCCUGAGUGAGGAUGACUUUGAGAUGUUCUAUGAGGUUUGGGAGAAGUUUGAUCCUGAUGCAACCCAGUUCAUAGAGUUCUCCAAGCUCUCUGAUUUUGCAGCUGCCUUGGAUCCUCCUCUUCUCAUAGCAAAACCAAACAAAGUCCAGCUCAUUGCUAUGGACUUGCCGAUGGUCAGUGGAGACCGGAUCCAUUGCCUCGACAUUUUAUUUGCUUUUACAAAGCGUGUUUUGGGUGAGAGUGGAGAGAUGGAUGCCCUUCGAAUACAGAUGGAAGAUAGGUUCAUGGCAUCGAACCCCUCCAAAGUCUCUUAUGAGCCUAUCACUACCACUUUGAAGCGCAAGCAAGAAGAGGUGUCGGCUGCUAUCAUUCAGCGUAAUUUCAGAUGCUAUCUUUUAAAGCAAAGGUUAAAAAACAUAUCAAGUAAAUAUAACAAAGAAACAAUCAAAGGGAGGAUUGACUUACCUAUAAAAGAAGGCAUGGUUAUUGACAAAUCAAAUGGGAAUUCCACCCCAGAGAAAACAGAUGGAAGUUCCUCUACCACUUCUCCUCCUUCCUAUGAUAGCGUUACAAAACCAGACAAAGAAAAGUUUGAGAAAGACAAGCCAGAAAAAGAAAGCAAAGGGAAAGAAGUCAGAGAAAAUCAAAAGUAAAAAAGAAACAAAGCAUUAUCUUUGUAAUCAAUUGUUUACAGCCUAUGAAGGUAUAGUGUGUGUGUCAACUGGACUCCAGAGGAGGUCCUUGCCAAACUGACUGUUGUAACAAAUACUCAUGGUCAGUGCCUAUACACGACAGUGACCUCUCUGUCACUGCAACUCUGUGAGACAGGGUAUCCACAUUGACAAGAGGUUGCUGCUUCAUUACCAGCUGACACUGCUGAGGAGGACUCAACGGCUACCUAGACCACAGGGAAAGCUGUGCAAAGUGAUCGUUGUGACUACACCAAACACCUUUAGUAGAGUACUCGCAUCUGCUCUAUUUUUAACUUCCAUAUCUGCCAUAUUUUUACAAAAUUUGUUCUAGUGGAUUUCCCUGGUCCUUGAUUCAUAGUUUAUUCAUAAUAUUAUGUCACUAUUUUUGUAAAUGAGGUUUAUGUUGAGGGAAAAUUAUAUAAGAGCUCUGUGUUCCUACUCCAUAAGUCUCUUAAAUAAUCAGACAAAAAUAUUUUGCCUGAGCUGGGCGUGGUGGCACAUGCCUGUAUUCCGAGUGACUGGGGGAGGCUGAAGCAGGAGGAUCACACGUUCAAGACCAACCUCAGCAUGUAGCGAGGCUCUAGGCAACUUAGUGAAACCCUGUCUCAAAAUAAAAAAUAAAAAGGGCUGGGGAUAUGGCUUGGUGGUUAAGUGCCCCUGGGUUAAAUCCCCAGUAACAAAAAAUAAUAAUAAUAUUUUUUUUUUUUGCCUGAUGAAAUCCUUGCUCAAAACCAGAAAAAAAAAAUUCUGAUGUUCACAGUUUCAAGUACUUCCAUUUUCUAGAUGCUUUAAUUUAAAAAGUGUUUUAGUCUGUUAUGUUUGUUUACAUCUGAACAGUUAUGUGCCUGUAAAGUGUCCUCUAAUAUUUAAAGGAUUAUUUUUAUGCAAAGUAUUCUGUUUCAGCAAGUGCAAAUUUUAUUCUAAGUUCCAGAGAUCUAUAUUUAAUUUUGGUUAAAUGCUUUCCAAAAAAAAGUAAUCUAAUAAAUCUGUUCUAGAAAAGUAUAUCUAAAGUAUGACUUUAGAGUAGUUCCACUUCCUGCUGCAGUAUUGCUUUGCUAUCUUCUGCUCUCAGCAAAGCUGACAGUUUAUGUCAAUUAAAUACCCUCUUUUAUGUAAAUAGUUAUUUUAUCCUGUGGUGCAUGUUUGGGCAAAUAUAUACACAUAUAUAGCCCAAUAAACAACUUAUAUUAAAUUAAAUAUGUACCACAGUUUAUGUGUCUUUUGCGAGCUUCCAACAGGGAUGUAACCUGUUCACUCAUUACACAUAAAUAGUUUGAAGGCUAUCACUAAUGCAUGUCAAUAUUGCCUAUGCUGCUCUAUUUUACUCGAUCCAUUCUUCACGAGUCUUGGUUAGAAGUCACAUGUUGGUGGUAGAAUGAAGUCAACCAGCUCUGUCUACAUGUCAAGCAUAAUAAUAGAUUGAAGUUAUUAAAAGACUCCUUUACUUUCGCAUUUUUUAAUUCAACUUGAGUAUCAUACAGUGUCUCUCUCAAUUUCAAUGAAACAAACUGCGUAUAGCCUAUUGUCAUAUUCAUAUUUUGCUAAAAGUAUGUCCAAAACUUGUUAAAAUAUAAAUAAUGUAAAAAUAUGAUCAAUUUUAUUUGUCAACAUUUUGUACAUAAGAAAAUUAUUUUCAGGUUGAUGACAUGGCAAUUUAUUUUACUUUAUGCUUUUGCUUUUUAUUUAUAAUCAUAAUUCCAAACUUUUGAAUCCACAAGACUUUUCAAUAGAUAAUUUCCUAAAAUAAAAGUUAGACAAUGGGUUUUUUGGAUUUCUUUGUUAUACUAUAUUUUCUACCAUUCCAAUAGGAAAUACAUUGGUCAAAAACUCAAACCUAGACCAUUUUCUACCAACAAUGGUUGCCUCAAAAUAACCCUUCAUUCAUGGAAUUUUUUUUUAACUUAACUUUUGUAGUAUUUGCAUAUGCAGACUAGGCUUAUUUUUUUAAUUCCUGCUGCACUAAAGUUAUUACAGAUAUAACUCUGUCCUUUUAAGCCAUGAACAAGUGGCAAAGUUGUGCAAUUACCUAACAUGUUAUAAAUUUUUGUUUUUUGCACAAACCAAAACUUUAAUGUUAACUACUUUUACAAAACUAUUUAUUGUAGUGUAUUGAUGAACUGCAUGCAGGGGAUUGCUAUUACUAAAAAAGAAUGGUGAGCUACUUCAUUAUUGAGCCAAAAGAAUAAAUAUUUCAUUUUUUUAUUGUAUUUCAUUUGUUUGCCUCUGAUUGUUUUUAUUGUUGGCUGUUUAAAAUAUAUAUAAUUAAUGAAACAUGUUAUUGAUCUGAUAUGAGUACAUGAAAGUUCACAUGAAUUUUCUAAUAACCUACUACACGGUCCACCAAGAAGUUCCUCAGAAGAAGGCUGGUUAAAAGCAUUUUUAUAAACUUUUAUGGGUGCAAAGUAUUAAGCCCAUAUAUUCUACUUCCAGGUUUGAUAAUAAUAGUAGCCACCAACAAUGGCUGAUGGU